UGCGCACAAGUUUUGGCAGGACAGAGGGGGCUCUCUGCGGGGCAGAACUAUAUCAAAGACCCUUCAAACACAGGAAUACUCCCACCGUAACUUAACAAACCAUCUGUUUGUCAACAGGUAUUCUCGACAACCCCCGAUUCGACAAUGACUGCGACUGUUGUGUCCUCCUUCGACUACGAAGUGACGAAUAAGAACAAUAAGGUGAUGAGCUACAACAAUCCCCUCUCCAGUCCCCAUUUACAGUCUGUCCCCACCACCGGUGCCAAUACCCCCUUUACCCCCACCGGGUCCCUGCUGGACAGGAAGGUGGUGGGUACCCCUUCAGUGGGACUCUACCAGCGUCGCCACUCCGUGUCCUUUACCAGUUCCAAAUCAAUGCAGAACCAAUUUAUCAACAGUCUCAAGAUGGACGGCUCCUCUUCCAUGAACGGGAACAGCAACAACAAGGAGAACCACUUCCGCGACCGGUCCUACUCUGAAACCGGGGAGCGUCUAAGGUCGAACAGCAUCACGUGCAUUAGUGCCAACGGAAACAGCCAGGUCAACUCAAGCCGCUAUAAGACCGAACUCUGCAGACCCUUCGAGGAGAAUGGCACUUGCAAAUAUGGUGACAAGUGCCAGUUUGCCCAUGGGAUGCACGAGCUUCGUAGUCUAAAUCGCCACCCCAAGUACAAGACCGAGCUCUGUCGCACCUUCCACAGCAUUGGUUACUGCCCAUACGGGCCGCGCUGUCACUUCAUCCACAAUGCAGAGGAGCGCUGCGGACCCCCUCCUCUCUCCGCCUUCAACAAGAUGGAGCGCCCCCGCCUUCAUCAUAGCUACAGUUUUGCCGGUUUCACAAGCUCAGGUGGCUCCCAGGACAGCCCGACCUCUGUCACACCUCCGCCCAUAUUUUCCACCGAAGACGUCAACGAGUGGCCCAGCAACCCUUUCACUUACUCGAGUCAAGAGCUUGCCAACCUGUUUGGGCCCAGUUUAGGUGGCACCACUGUUCCUGAUCUGCCCGGUCCUCACUCUCCCACCGCACCCUCCUUCUUCAGGCCAAUGUCCGAGUCGCCCCCAAGCCCUCCGGAUUCCCUCUCCGACCAGGAGAGUUACCAGAGCAGCCUGGGCAGCCAGAGCGGAUCCGAGUCACCUGUGCUGGACGCCACACGUCGCCUCCCCAUCUUCAGCAGACUCUCCAUCUCUGAUGAUUAAAACGUGCCCUCAGAGAUUUCAGGCCUGAGAGAGAGAAAGCACAGAGAGCUGGCGAGAAAGAGAGUCAUUUUCCUCCUAGCAAUCCCUUCCUGUCUUUGUGUUGUUUACAGCGGAGAAGUGGACUAAAGUACAGUGUUCUCGUAACCACUGAGUCAAAUCAGAAAACCUACUACCCUCUAGCAUCAACCUUGAGCGUAUUCCCAAGCCUCCCUAGACGUCUUUAACAUGCCUGAUGUAAUGCAAAAACAACAAACUGUUCCCCUCAAGGCCCACUCAAAUGUUGAGGUCUCGGAAGUCCUCACUGGAACAUGUUAAACAAAUCCAUAUUUAGUUCAUAGUGUUCAAACUGAAAAGCAGAGUUUUCUUCUUGUUCAAAGAAUCUACUGAUUAUAGCAACAAUGUGCUUUAUAGACC